AUGUCUCCAGAAGUGGCCUUGAACCGAAUUUCUCCAAUGCUCUCCCCGUUCAUAUCUAGCGUGGUCCGUAAUGGGAAAGUGGGACUGGAUGCUACAAACUGUUUGAGGAUAACUGACUUGAAAUCGGGCUGCACGUCAUUGACUCCUGGACCCAACUGUGACCGAUUUAAGUUGCAUAUACCAUAUGCUGGAGAGACAUUAAAAUGGGAUAUAAUUUUCAAUGCCCAGUACCCAGAGCUGCCUCCCGAUUUUAUCUUUGGAGAAGAUGCUGAGUUCCUGCCAGAUCCCUCGGCUCUGCAUAACCUUGCCUCCUGGAAUCCGUCAAACCCUGAAUGUCUCUUACUGGUGGUGAAGGAACUUGUGCAACAGUAUCACCAGUUUCAGUGCAGCCGCCUCCGUGAGAGCUCCCGCCUCAUGUUCGAAUACCAGACGUUACUGGAAGAGCCACAGUAUGGAGGGAACAUGGAGAUUUAUGCCGGGAAAAAGAACAACUGGACUGGUGAAUUUUCAGCUCGUUUCCUUUUGAAGUUGCCAGUGGAUUUCAGCAAUAUUCCCACGUACCUGCUCAAGGAUGUGAAUGAAGACCCAGGAGAAGAUGUGGCCCUCCUUUCUGUCAGUUUUGAGGACACUGAAGCCACUCAGGUAUACCCUAAGCUGUACUUGUCACCCCGAAUUGAACAUGCUCUUGGCGGCUCCUCGGCUCUUCACAUCCCAGCUUUUCCAGGAGGAGGCUGUCUCAUUGAUUAUGUUCCCCAAGUGUGCCACCUGCUCACCAACAAGGUGCAGUAUGUGAUUCAAGGCUAUCACAAAAGAAGAGAAUAUAUUGCUGCCUUCCUCAGCCACUUUGGCACGGGUGUCGUGGAAUAUGAUGCAGAAGGCUUUACAAAACUCACUCUGUUGCUGAUGUGGAAAGAUUUUUGUUUCCUUGUACACAUUGACCUGCCCCUGUUUUUUCCUCGAGAUCAGCCAACUCUCACAUUCCAAUCUGUCUAUCACUUUACCAACAGUGGACAGCUUUAUUCCCAGGCCCAGAAGAACUACCCAUACAGCCCCCGAUGGGAUGGAAAUGAAAUGGCCAAAAGAGCAAAGGCUUAUUUCAAAACCUUUGUCCCUCAGUUCCAGGAGGCAGCGUUUGCCAAUGGAAAGCUCUAG